UUGAUUACCUGUGUGUCUGGUUAACCUAGGAGUUUUAACCCUUUAACGUUCUGCUCAACAUUUUGGUAGAGCACAUUUUGAGUCACUAUAUCUUAUUGAAAAGUUGUUGAACUUAACUCAAACUGAUAGUGCUAUAUCUACCAUUCGGUAGAGGUAUGUUAUGCAAAAAAAAUCCACUAGGGGUCACUGUGUCUUUCAAUAGUAUGCCGUUUCAGUUCACCUCCAUAGCCGAAGUGGGCUACCAGUAAAACAAGCCACCCAUUCGGACGUUUUUUGGCCAAAUUUUCAAAGAUGGACACGAAAAUAUUUUAUGGUGCAAGACCACGCUCUGUCCUAGCCCUCAUACCAGAAAAUCCUCAAGAGUCUGAUGGUGAUCUGAGUGAUGACGAUGACCAAAUAGAGGAUCCUGAUUAUCUGCCCACACAAACAGAAGACUCUGGAGAAACAUCUUUUGAGUCCAUGGAUGAAGAGGACAUAGUCUCAACAAGUUCAUCUUCUAAACCGCCACCCCGUAAGAAGAAGAUGAAAGAGAAAAACUCCCUGAAAACAGUUUCCUUAGAGGAGCCAGAGGACACCAGUGACCCUACUUCACCCCUAGGCCUAAACAAAGGCAGGGAGAAAAUCUGGAAACAUGAAGACAUUGGGACAUUCCAGGUUCCUGAUUCAAGAUUUGAGCCCCCUGAUGCUGUAAAGACACCAUUCCAGUAUUUCAAAACACUCUUCACUGACAAGAUGAUUGAACAUAUUGCUCAACAGACCAAUCUAUACUCUGCCCAAGAGUUGGGGGAUCCAAUCAAAACUAGUCCACAAGAGAUUGAAGAGUUUUUGGCAAUACUACUCUUCAUGGGUGUUUUCAGCUUCCCAUCUAUUGAAGACUACUGGCACCAUGAGUCACGAUUCAGCGUCAUAGCUGAUAUCAUGCCACGUAAAAGAUUCAGGCUGUUGCGUCGGUUCAUUCAUUUUAAUGACAAUCAACAGUGGGAUAGCACUCCAGACCGAUUUCUUAAAAUCCGCCCCCUUUUUGAGAUGCUUCGUGAGCAGUGCCUCCUCAUUCCAUCUACAUACAAACAAAGUAUUGAUGAGGUGAUGGUGGCAUAUAAAGGCACAAGGGCCGGCACUCUUCGCCAGUAUAUUGCCAACAAACCAGACAAGUGCGGCUUUAAAUUGUUCUGCCGAGCCAGCUCAUCUGGAAUCAUCCAUGAUCUACUGCUCUAUCAAGGGGCAUCCACAUUUUUCAAUAUUGCCCUAAGUGAGCAGGAGCAAGAGCUGACUCUAGGGGCCAAACUGGUGACAGUUUUGUGCAAAACCAUGACGCAACCACAGCUGUCAGUUGUCUUCUGUGACAACUACUUCACCAGCUUUAAGAUGAUCCAGAAUGUACAUGCAAACUUGGGUGUCAAAUGCAUCGGCACUGUCCGAUCAAACCGUGUCAGUGGAAUACCCUUGAUUACAGACCAACAGCUAAGGAAGAAAGGACGUGGAGCUUUCGAUUAUAGGUCUUCUGAUGGUGUGAUUGCAGUGAAAUGGUUUGACAACAAAUGUGUCAACCUUCUGAGCAAUGCUUGUGGGAUCACACCUCUUUCCACUGUCAAAAGGUGGAGCAAAGUUGACAAGACAAAGAUCUCUGUCCCUUGCCCAUCACUUAUCCCAGCCUACAAUGAGCAUAUGGGAGGCAUUGAUCUUUCUGACAUGCUGGUGCACAUGUACAAGACCCCUGCGAAGUCAAGGCGAUGGUACUUACCACUGUUUGGAUACAUUCUUGACCUGUGCGUCUCAAACUCCUGGCUGGUCUACAAGAGAGACUGUGACCUACUGAAUGAGAAACCAAUACCUCUCAAAAGGUUCCGCCUGGCAGUCGCCCACACUUUGAAGCAAGUCAACAAGACAGCAUCCAAGGUUGGCCGACCAUCAUUCUCUUCUCCACCACCAAUGUCUCAGAAGAAACAAUAUGUCCCAAGACCCACACAACCACAACCAGAUGUGCGUUAUGACAACUGUGGACACAUGCCGCUUCACAGUGUCAAGCGUGGGCGGUGCAACUUCUGUCCAAAGGGUGUGUCAAGGUGGAAGUGUGAGAAAUGCAAUGUUUUCUUGUGUCUUAAUGCAAACCAGCAAUGCUUCAUAGCAUACCACAAGAAAUAAAUUGGAUUCAAUGCUGAAAAACCAUUAGUGCUGUUGCACAUCACACAUGAGUAUUUCAAAAAAGUCACAAAAGUUAACAAAGUUAGCAUGUUACUGCACUUUAUUAUUGCUUUUUAUUGUUGUUGUUACUAUUUAUUAUUGUUUUAUUAUUAUUAUUGUUGUUGAUGUUAUGUUCUGAUUUUACUACAAAUAUGUCUCGGAAGAAACACUACAUCCCAAGGCCCUCACAACCAGAUGUUAUAUGACAACCUUGGACACAUUCCACUUGUCUAAAAAGUCACAAAAGUUAAGAAAACAAAGAGUUAGCAUGUCAUUGCCCAUUGUUUUUAAUAUUUUUUGUAUUUCUGGUUCAUGUUCUGAUUUUACCACUGAGUGCCAUCUCAACCAUUUGGUAGAGGUGUAUAUUUUGAAAACUGGGGGGUCUAUUUAAAAA